AUGAAUAAUCCUUUUGUCAACAACGACCCACUACCAACAUUAAAUAAAUAUGAUUUACUUGAAUCGCUGAAUGACAGUAUAAGCAGUAGCGAUGAUCCUGUGGAAGAUGAGGAUACAGUGGAAAUUAAUACAGACAACAUCAAAGCAGAAGAACAAACACUAAAUUAUUGGGAACCUCCAGAUUAUGUAGCACCAAAACAUGUUCCUUGCUCUACUGAGAGAGAUAAACACUCUACAACCAAGAAUAAAAAGUCGCAGAAACAUUCACAACCCAGAAAACAUCAAGUUUUAAAUACACACAUUACUGCGGACAAUGAAGUGAGAUCAUAG